AUGUCAAGUGCACCAAGAAUACCAGAACAAAUAAUUAAUAAUGAAUCAUCGACAUUACCAUCGACACCAGUGGAUUUCUAUGGAAGAAUGAAACAACAGAGAUCGUUAAUAUCGUUAACAGAGUUCCCACCAGAAGAAGCACCAAAGCAUUUAGUAUCAAAAGCAGACGAGUUUACAUCGCCAGAUAAAACAAAUCAAACAAACAAUAGUAUCGAUUCAUCAGAUAGCGAAAGCGAAGCAGAUGUUAUUUUAUUCAGACCAAAAGAUACAAAUAGAUUAACUGCAAAAAGACAAGCAUGGGAUGAUUAUGCAUUCUUAUAUAAUAGAGAAGAGGUUAGAGCAUGGUUAGAAGAUAUCUUUGAUCAUAGUUUUGAAGAAGAAGAUUUAUUUCAAGCUUUAACUGAUGGUAUUUGGUUAUGUAAAUUAGUAAAUAUUAUAAAACCGGGAAUUAUUAAAAAGAUUCAUGGAACAAAAGGACCAUCAUAUAUGAAGUUAGAGAAUAUAAAUUUCUUUUUAUGUGCAUGUUUAGAAUUAGGAGUUUCGCCAAACUGUCUCUUUCUUCCAACAGAUUUAUAUGAAAAAAAGAAUUUGAAAAAAGUAAUCUACUGUUUAUUAGCAUUAUCAAUUCAAGGUGCAAAAAGAGGUUUUAAACAUAAAUUAAUGAUAACUCAUUUUCAUAAUGAAACAAAUCCAACACAACAACAACAACAAGUUCAAAAUCAACCACAACAAGAACAGAUUGGUAAUAUAUUAAACAAUAGUAACAAUAAUAAUAUAAACAAUAAUAAUAUAAACAAUAAUAAUAUAAACAAAAAUAUAAAUAAUAAUAGCAAUAAUAAUAGCAAUAGCAAUAAUAAUAAUAUUGGCGGUAUACAACUUAAUUUUAACAAUAGUCAAGUUUAUGGGUUAACUGAAGAUAUGCCACUGCCACCUACAUUGAUAAUGAGAAAGAAAAAGGACAAAGUAAAAGAAAGAAAAGAACGUGAAGAAAAAGAAAGAAGAGAAAGAGAAGAAAGAGAAAAAAAAGAAAGAGAAGAAAAAGAACGUUUUGAACGUGAAGAAAAAGAAAGAAUAGAAAGAGACAGAAAAGAUAAAGAAAAAGGGAAAAAAGGUCUUUCAAUUACAUCAUUUUUACACCUAUCCAAAAAAGAUAAAGAAAAAAAAAAGGGAAGUUCUGGUAGUGAUUCAUCACCAUCAAGCUCACCAAACUCUUUCGAUAAAAUAUUAAAUAGUGCCAAUACAAGUGAUAAUAGUGAUUAUGACAAUGAGGAUGAUGAAGAUGAUGAAGAUGAAGAAUCCGAAGAAGAAUUUUUAGAACCAUCAUUAAACGAAAUUUUAAAUAUUAUGGGCUCUUAUGUUGAGCAGGAAGGUGACGAAGAAUAUUUAAUUAAAGAUGAAACUGAUGAAUUAAUUAUGAAUUUAACAAUUAAUGAUGAUGAAAUAACAUCCGAACCAUCCGAACUAUCUGAACCAUCCGAACCAUCUGAACCAUCCGAACCAUCUGAAAUCGAAUUAUCUGAGAUCGAAUCAUCUGAAAUCGAAUCAUCUGAAAUAAUAGAUAAUAUUGAAGAAAUUGAACUCGAAGAAGAGAAUGUCGACAAACAAGAGGAAGUUAUUGAAGAACAACUUGAAAAUGACCUUCAAGAAGAGGUUGAAGACCCAGAGAAUAUUAAAGAAGAUGAAGUUCAACAAGAAGAUGAAGUUCAUUUAGAGGAGGUUGAAGUUCAACAAGAAGAUGAGGUUCAUUUAGAGGAGGUUGGAGUUCAACAAGAAGAAAUUGAAGAUUCAGAAAGUAAUAAAAAAGAGGAUAUUCAACAAAUUGAAAUCAACGUUAGUGAUACAAUUAUUGAAAAUAACUACAUUGUUACCGAUCUCGUACAAUUUAAACAAACCCAAUUUUGUAAAGAGCAAACAGAAAUCUUUGAAUCUAACGAACUCAUAAAUGAAAAUGAAACAGAAGACCCAAAACAAAAUAUUGAAACUCCAAACUUCAUUCAAAAAAAUAACGAGCAAGAUCAAGAUGAACCUAAAGAACAAUUACCUAAAAUUCUUUUAAUAGAUAAAGAAAUUGUUGAAAUAGAUAAACAAGAAGAAUUUGGAAUUCAAAUUAUGGGAUCUAUUGAUAAACAAAAAGAAACUAUGAAAGAAAGCUUUAAUGUAAAUAAAGCUCAAGAUGAUACAGAAAAUAAAACAAUUACCUCUAACCAUGAUACUCAAGGCAUAGCCAUUAGCAAUAAUAAUCAAAUUCAAUUAGAGGAAGGUAAAGAUAUUGAACAGAUUAAUACUAUACAAAGCAAUGAAAAAGUAGAAUAUACAACAUUUAAAGAGUUUGAUACAGUUGAAGAAUCUGAACAAGAAAUAAAGGUAGAAAACACAUUAGAACCAGCUCAAAAUUUAGAAUGUAAAGAUAUAGAAAUCAAUAAUAGCAUUGCUAUCCAACAACAAGAAGAACAGCAACAACUACAACAACAAUUAUUAGAGCAAUUACAACAACCACAAAAAGAACAAAAACAAGAAGAAAGAAAAGAAAAGAAAAAUAAUCUAAUUGAUAGAUUUAAUAAAGAACAAAUCCCAUCGACCAACGAUGAAGAAAUUUUAAUUUUAAGUAAUAAUGUUAAAAAGGGAAUUACCAAUGGUAAUGAUCAAAUAGCAAUAAUAGAGAACCAAACAGCUCCUUUUACAACUUUAAAUAAUAAUUGUCAACAAACAUUAAAUACUACACAAAUUUCAAACAAAUCAACUACAAUUGUAGUAAAUAACAUUAUAGUGGUUAAUAAUAUUGUUAAUUAUAAUACAAACAGUGAUGAAAAUACAAAUGAAAUAAAUAGUUUAAAAUCAAAUUUAUCAACAUCUGAAAUAUCAAAUGAAUCAUCAAGUUUAAUAUCCUCUGAAAAUACAAAAAAAACUGUUGUGAUCAAAGAAGAAAUAAAUAGUGAAACAAAUGUUAUUUGCAGCUCUAGCUCAAACAGUAUAACAACAAAAUUAUUUUCAAACAAGUUAAUUACUGAAACAAAUGAAAUUAAUAAAGAAUUAUCUUUGUCAGAACCAAUCAAAUCAAUUGAUAGCCCAUCUAAAGUUUCAUUAUUAAAGAAACCAGUAUCCGCCAAAACUAUUCAAAUUAAUAGCAGUAGCGAGAAUUUAACCCCAACAACCUCACCAUCCACAACUCCUAUUACUACACCGGUUACAACUCCAGUUUCAUCACCAGUUAAACAAAAGCCACCAACCCCGGUAUCAGCAAUAUCAACAAAAAAGAAAACAAUGGCUGCAUCAGUUGUAAUUGAGGAGGCUAAAAAAUCAAGUAUCUCAUCCACUACCAAAACAACCACAACUAAAACCUCUGCACCAACAAAGUUAACACCCACAAAAUCAGCAAACAAUACACCAACAAAAACUUCUACACCAACAAAAACCUCUGCACCAACAAAAGCUUCUACACCAACAAAAACCUCCACACCAAUAAAAACCAUUGCACCAACAAAAUCAACACCCAUCACACCAACUAAAACCACACCAACAAAAUCAACACCAACCUCCUCACCAUCAAAAACAUCACAACUUAAAAGACCAUCAUCGUCAUUAAGCCAAUCAUCCUCAUCAACAACUAUAUCGUCAACAACAAUAACAUCAUCCCAAACUAUAUAUAAAAAUACAAUUCCAAACAACCCACCAAAACUAAAUAAUAACGCCCCUGAGGAUGAUGAUUUAAAUAAAUUUAGCAAUCUCGAUGUCGACAUUGAUAUCACAGAAGAGACUAAAAAAGAGGCAUUAAAAAAAGAUUACAGUUAUCAUAGGUCAUAUAAUACAGUAUUAAACUAUCCAAAAUAUAAUGCAUUACAAAGCGAUCAAACAGAUAGAAUAUUUGGGGAAUUUUUAAACAAUACAAUGAAAAAGGUAUUACCACCAUCAAUUGUGGUUCCAAAUCCAAUUAUUAGAAUAUCAGCAAAUAAAUAUAAAUGGGGUGACACAAUCGUUAAUAUGAGAUGUGUAAAUAAUAUUAUCGUAGUUAGAGUUGGUGGUGGCUGGAUGACACUAAAAGAUUUUCUUAUUCGUUAUAACUCUGUAAUUACCGCUGGUGACAUUGAUAAAAUUGCUGCAGAAAAUGGUUCCGAUGAAAUGAAAAAAUUACAAAUUCAAAAAACCUACAAUUCAAAUGGUGGAGAAAUUAAAACAUCUCAACCAUUAUCUCCAAUUAGAGGUCCUGUAAUCAAAGCAACCAAAACAAUAUCAAAACCAUCAGUCCCACGUGGUAAUGACUAUAGGUCUGGUACUCCUGCUCCAUUUUCAAAAUCAUUACCAUCAGUUCCACGUGGUAAUGACUAUAGGUCUGGUACUCCUGCUCCUGAAGAAAAUGAUGGUGAGAUUGAAUAUAAAUUAGGUGUCCAUAGAACCUCAGUAUCCAGUGGCACUUUAAGAAAUGUUUCUUCAAAUAAUAGUCCCAGUAGAUUAAUUUCUGGUUUAAAACCAAAAGUUUUAACACCAAUUAAAGUUUUAUCCGCUUUGUCCCCAUCAAAAAAUAAUAGUACCGCCUCACAAAGCUCUCCAUUAUCUAAAGAUUCGAAUAUACCCAGACCAUCUUCCUCGAUGGGUCUUUCCUCACCCUCAUCAUCUAAAGCUUUACCAACCACAAUACCAAAUAGACCCUCAUCGGCCUCUUCACUAACAAGAUCCUCACCAUCGACAAAUAAAAAAUAA